CGUCUGCUCACGCCUUCUUACGAAGCCUGCGCGAAAUGGGACGCGAGGUCUUGAGCUUGAAAGCCGCGCAGGGGGCGCGUGAUGACGUAGUGGAGCUGACCAGGCUGACGGUGAGCCCAGAGAUCCUCUAACUCCGCGUGUUGUGCAUUUGUGGUCCCGCGCACGGCUUCCUGCUUUCCUACCACAACAUAGUCCGCAUCCUGACCGCCAGAUACACAAACCACAGAAAGACAUGUCCCGGGAAAGCCUUCUAGAAGUGAAAGAUGUCGGGUGUUACAAGACGCCUGGGCAGCCCAUAUUCGCUCAUGCUAAUCUAACAGUCAAGCCAGGCGACGUAAUUGUUUUGCGAGGAAAGAGCGGAAGUGGAAAGACAACACUCCUGAAAUGCAUUUCGCACCUUAACCUCUAUGAUGGCCACAUUCUUUACCGGGGCAAGACACCACAGUCCUAUGGCAUGUCUUUUACGUGUCUAGGUAUACCCACUUAUCGCAUACACGUCCUCUACGUACCGCAGCGUCCGUCGCUUUUGCCAGGGUCUCCUAGAGAUUUCCUGAACACUAUCUCCAGCUUCAAAGCGCAUGCUAAUUCGAGCCCAAACACCGCAAAAGCGAUAGAGGUGGGCAAAGCUUGGGGUAUUGAUGAAGAGCUCUGGGAUCGAAACUGGGGCGACUUGAGCGGAGGCGAAGCGCAGCGGAUUGCCCUUGCAGCAGCCGUAGGACUGGAGCAAGCUGAGAUCUUACUUCUUGACGAACCGACUUCCGCACUUGAUGCCGCCGCGUCUCAGUCAGUUGAAAGAUAUCUAGUGGACGAAGUGCGAGAGGGGAAAGGCAGACUUAAGGCUUUGAUUUGGAUCACUCACUCGGACGAACAGGGCCAGCGAGUUGCUACGAGGGUUGUCCGUAUCACAGCAGGUGGCCUGCAUGAAGAGGAUAUGCCACGGGGCGCGUGAGCUUCAUCCCAGCGCGACACUGGAACGUUCGUGCUGGGCACGCAAUAAGGCAGGGCGAUCUAAGUCACAUCGCCGCUCGUAUUUCUU